AUGUGCAAGACUCUCCGCUCCUCCCGCAUAAGGGGAGGAGCGCCUUUGGGAUAUAAGCUCCUGCAUCGCCCCAUCGUUCCCUCACACAGAUGCUCCUGUCCGUCUCUCCAUCAUAGUCGUCUGUUUUGGCCCGGGCUGCUUUGCGCUUCAGUUCUCUGUUACCUCGUCUGGUCCACUACCCUCGCGAUGCGCUUCUCACUACUCCCCGCCGCUGUCGGGGCUCUCGUCCUCCCGGCCUCCAUGGCCCAGUUUGUGGGCGGACCUGACGGAAACACAACAACAGCUCCCGCCGCGAGCCCCGACAAGGACGGCAAAUACUGGAUCUCCAGCAAUCAUAUUAAGGCCGCCUUCAUUCCCUACGGCGCUUCCAUCUCGGACCUGAUCAUUCAAGAUCAGUACGGUAUCCCCCGUGACAUCGUCGCCGGCUUUGACAACGCCAGCUAUUACAGCAUUGACCGUCAGCACCCUCACUUCGGCGGUGUGCCGGGCCGCUAUGCAAACCGCAUCAAGAACGGCACCUUUGAGAUUGACGGCGAGACAUACAAGGUUGACCUCAACGACAACAAUGGCCUCAACACGCUCCACGGCGGCUCUGACGGCUGGGACUACCGCAACUUCACCGUUGUGUCGCACACCAACAACAGCAUCACUUUCUCCUUCACGGACCCAGACGGAAAGGAGGGCUUCCCCGGUGAAGUUGUGGCGCUCAUCACCUACACUAUUAUCGACUGGAACUGGGAGAUCAAGAUGAUUGCCACCGCGACCACCAAGAAGACGCCCAUCAUGCUGAGUAGUCACACGUACUGGAACCUCGACGGCUUUGCCAACAAUGAGACCAGCACGGCUCUUAACCACACUCUGCACAUGCCCUACAACGGCCAGAGAGUGGCCGUUGACAACAUCCUGAUCCCCACCGGCGAGAUCCUUCCUAACCCCAAGGGCUCCGUGAACGACUUCUGGAGUGCCCCGAAGCAGAUCGGCGCCGACUUCUCUAAGCCCGAGCUUGAGAAUAACUGUGGCCUAAACUGCACUGGCUAUGAUAACUGCUGGAUUGUGAACCGCGACGACCUUGGCCCCUACAACUGGCGCACCGAGGGAUACAUCGCCCGACUGCAGUCUGCCUGGUCUGGCAUCCAGGUCGACGUUUAUUCCGACCAGGACGCAUUUCAAAUGUACAGUUGCAGCCAGCAGAAUGGCUCUGUAGCUCUUAAGAAGUCGCAAGGCCUCUUCGACAACGCCGAUCACCCCCGCAUCAUCCCCAAAUACGGCUGCGUCGUCCUUGAAGUCCAGGACUGGAUCGAUGGAAUCAAUAACCCCGCAUGGGGCCGUGGCAAGAAGCAGAUUUUCGAGCCCGGCGGUGACCCGUACGUUCUUCAGGCUAGCUACCGCUUCAGCAUCAACUCCACCUCCUCUGAUGCGUAG